CGGGUAACGAACCACAUGAACAUGAUGUUGUAUUCGAGAUAGAAACAAAUAUCCCACAGAAGAAGCCCUCAUUCUUUCCGGAGGUGGGAGAAGUGUCGGCCACCUCCACCGUCCGGAGGUUAAAGUCAAGGGCGCAAGGCCCACAAUUAUCUUCCGUUGAUGGGCUCCGUGUUCCUCGCUUCCCCCUCAUCUGGAACCUUUCUGCAAACUCUUCCGGCCAGUCAAUGUCUCGUAUAUAGUGAGAGGAGUGCGCUUGCUCUACAGCAUGCCCCCGCCUUGCCACGCACAAUCUUUCUCUUCCACCAUUCCCCCUUCUCAUCUGCUCUUCAGUCCUUGCCUGUCAGUAUGCUCUUCAUUUCCUUAUUUUUCGUCGCUCUCUCAGCCUUCAGCGCUACCGUGGCAGCCCCGCUGACACGGCGUGGCGUCAAUGACUUUUCGUGUAAGCCAUCCUCGGCGGAUCAACGCCCACUCGUCUUUCUCCAUGGACUGGGGGCGACGUAUUAUGAGGACCUCAACUUCAUGCAGGAUUACUUUUCAAAUAUGAGCUACUGCACCUUCAGCAUCACCUACGGAGCCUACGACGGCUUUCCCUACGUCGGCGGGCUCAAGGCAAUCGAUGAGAGCGCCCCACAGCUCGGCGCCUACAUCGAAACGGUGCUGGAAAAGACAGGAGCCUCGCAGGUCGACCUCAUCGGACACUCCGAGGGCGGAUUCAUGUCCCUGUACCUGCCCAAGUUCGAUGCAAAGGGUAAGGUGCGCAGGGUGGCUGCCAUUGCACCUCCCUCCCACGGGACCGACUUUGCGAGCCUGUACAAGCUUGCCCUGGCGCUCGGACCUGCCGGCACGACGUUGACCAAAGAUGUGCUCGAUCUCUUUGGAUGCGAUGCGUGUGCCGACUUGGUCGUGGGAAGCCCCAUCAUAAACAAGUUGAACAACGGUGGAAUCACCCAAUCGGGCGUUCAGUAUACAAUCAUAACCUCCAAGGCGGAUGAGCUCGUCACACCUGCACCUGCGGCAUCGUUUGUCAGCGAGGCCGGAGUGCGAAACGUCCUCAUACAAGAUGUGUGUCCCAACGAUGCCAUCGUGGGCCACAUUAGCGAAGCGUACGACACAAACACCUGGAACAUCGUACAGAACGCCAUCCAGAAUACACCCGAUCGGCAGUUCACUUGCGUCGUGGGAACGCCUGGUCGCUAGGUCCAAGAAUGUUCAAUCCUUUUUUUCUUCUCAAAUUUAAUCCCGCCUUAUCUUUGUCGCUCGUCUCGUCUACGUCUCGGACGCUUCCCUCCGAUUCCUCUUUUUCGGGCCGCACCUGUACAU